CGCCACGCUCUGCGGCCCGCCGCCCGCGUCCCCGCUCGCCACUUCGCGCUCCUGCCCGCCGCCCGUGCGCUGUCUUUUGAGAAUGGAGUUGCUGUGCUGCGAGGGCACCCGGCACGCGCCCCGGGCCGGGCCGGACCCGCGACUGCUGGGGGACCAGCGUGUCCUGCAGAGUUUGCUCCGCCUGGAGGAGCGCUACGUGCCCCGCGCCUCCUACUUCCAGUGCGUGCAGAGGGAGAUCAAGCCGCACAUGCGGAAGAUGCUGGCGUACUGGAUGCUGGAGGUGUGCGAGGAGCAGCGCUGUGAGGAGGAAGUCUUCCCCCUGGCCAUGAACUACCUGGAUCGCUACCUGUCCUGCGUCCCCACCCGAAAGGCGCAGCUGCAGCUCCUGGGUGCGGUCUGCAUGCUGCUGGCCUCCAAGCUGCGCGAGACCACGCCCCUGACCAUCGAAAAACUGUGCAUCUACACCGACCACGCUGUGUCUCCCCGCCAGUUGCGGGACUGGGAGGCACUGGUCCUGGGGAAGCUCAAGUGGGACCUGGCUGCUGUGGUGGCGCAUGACUUCCUGGCCCUGAUCCUGCACCGGCUCUCUCUGCCCAGUGACCGACAGGCCUUGGUCAAAAAACACGCCCAGACCUUUUUGGCCCUCUGUGCUACAGAUUACACAUUUGCCAUGUACCCGCCGUCCAUGAUCGCAACAGGCAGCAUUGGGGCCGCAGUGCAAGGCCUGGGUGCCUGCUCCACAUCCGGCGAUGAGCUCACUGAGCUGCUGGCAGGGAUCACAGGCACUGAAGUGGACUGCCUGCGUGCCUGCCAGGAGCAGAUUGAAGCUGCGCUCAGGGAGAGCCUCAGGGAAGCUUCCCAGACCACCUCCAACCCAGCACCCAAAGCCCCCCGGGGCUCCAGCAGCCAGGGGCCCAGCCAGACCAGCACUCCCACAGAUGUCACAGCCAUCCACCUGUAGCCCUGGACAGGCCCCCUCGAGUGGCCACCAAGCAGGAGAGGGGCAGCCGCCACCCCCUCCCUGCCUCCAGGAACAAUCCAUGCCACACCUGAAGCCCGAGGGGGCUCCCAUUCCCCCCUCACCAAGCCCAAGGGGUCAGGUCCCACCUCUCCCCGCAGUGUGCACUAAGGGGCCCGGCCAGCCACGUGUCUGGGUGACUGGUCAGCUCCUCUUCCUCCCCAGCUCCUCUUCCUCGCCGGGCGGGCCAGGUUGCUCAGACAUUGAAACAGGUAAAAGCUCUGCACCAGCAUCCCUCUCCGAGCCCCCCAACCCCCUCCUGGGGGAGCUCAUGUUCUCAACUGCCAAAACGCCCCUGUGCCUUCAAAAGGUGUUACCCUUUCUAGAGUCACUGCAUUUGGAUUGGGGUCCUUCGGGCAUUCUGAUAGACUGAGGGCCAACAGUUGACGGCCCCUCCCCGCACACGUUGGAGGUCUCUGUGUAAUCCGUGCUCCCAGCUGCUCCUAGGGGGAGCCCCUCCUGCUUUGCUCUCCGCUCAGCUUCUCCUGUGUGAUUGAGGGGUUUGGUGCUGAAGGAACAGGUCGUUUUAAUUUAUUAAUUGUUCUGAGUACAGCUGUAAGAGGGUGCAGUGGGGCCUGUGUCCCCGAGUGGUGGUGACCCUGGUGGUUGCUGAUUGCUUCCCCUCUGCUACUGGCUAGAGAGCUUUGUGGCCCAGGAGCUGCUACAGCCUGGGUUGGGGCCACGUCCUCCUCUCCCUCCGCUCUGUCCUCCAGCAGGGAGGAUGAAGUGGGGUUGCCGCGGAGGUGGCUGAGCCCCAUCUGGAGAGGGAGGCAAACCCUGUUGACACAGGUCUUUCCUAAGGCCACAAAGUUCAGGCUGGUGGCCCAGGACCAUCAUGCUACCUUAAUAAAAGGAUUCUGGAAUGAAACUGGCUUUGGCUUCUUGGAUGGG